UGAGCAGGAAGCGAAAGCGGGAAGAAGGGAGACGGUAGCUGAAAGAAGCAGGGGGGUCCGGUGGCCUCAGUGGACAUAAGCCCCGCUCCUCCCUCUGGCACCCCAUCCCCACCAUCUCCUGGGUCACCUGCAGGGUGGAGCCCCGGAUGUCCCACUGGUGCCUGAACCUCAAGCGGUCCUCAGCCUGCACCAAUGUGUCCUUGCUCAACUUGACUGCUAUGGAGCCCGACUCGUCAGGCACAGACUCCACCACGGAGGACAGUGGCCCACUGGCUCUGCCAGGGCCACCUGCUUCCCCUGCAACAGCCUGGGCUCCCGAGGACCCUGACAGCACAGAACUUCUGAGUGGGGUCAACAGUGGAUUGGUGCGUGCCAAAGACUCCAUCACCAGCUUGAAGGAAAAGACUACAAGGGUUAAUCAGCACAUUCAGACCCUGCAGAGCGAGUGCUCUGUGCUCAGUGAGAAUCUGGAGCGGCGGCGGCAGGAGGCAGAAGACUUGGAGGGUUACUGCAGUCAGUUGAAGGAGACCUGCCGCAAGGUGACCCGCUCAGUGGAAGACGCUGAAAUCAAAACCAACGUCCUGAAGCAGAACUCUGCCUUGUUGGAGGAGAAGCUAAGGUACCUCCAGCAGCAACUGCAGGAUGAGACGCCUCGGAGGCAAGAAGCCGAGCUGCAGGAGUUGGAGCAGAAGCUGGUGGCCGGCCUCUCCCGGCGUGGCCUGAGCUCUGCCACUCCCAGUCAGGGGUGCUCCGGCCCGCCCGGCAGUCCCGAGGAACCCCCGCGGCCGCGAGGCCUGACCUCUAGUAGCUGGGGCAUGGCACUCCGGGCAGCGGAGGGACAUUCGCUGACAGAGCAGCAGUUGCAGAAGGUGUCCACCAGCCUGGACGAGCUGAGGAGGGAGGUGUCCUCACUGGCAGCCCGGUGGCAUCAGGAGGAGGGGGCAGUGCAGGAAGCCCUGCGAUUGCUGGGUGGCCUAGGUGGCCGGCUGGAUGGCUUUCUGGGCCAGUGGGAACGGGCACAGCGGGAGCAGGCACAGUCUGCGUGGGGCUUGCAGGAGCUGCGAGGACAGGCAGAUGAACUGUGCACAAUGGUGGAGAGAUCAGCAGCGUCUAUGGCUUCACUGAGGAGCGAACUGGAGGUUCUGGGACCAGUGAAGCCAAUUUUGGAGGAGCUGGGGCGGCAACUUCAGAAUUCCCGAAGGGGAGCUGACCAUGUCUUGAACUUGGAUCGGUCUACCCAAGGCCUCUGUGCCCGCUGUGCCAGCCAGGGGCAGCAGUUGUCCACAGAGUCUCUGCGGCAGCUUCUGGAACGUGCGCUGGCCCCGCUGGUGGAUGAGGUGAAGCAAAAAGGCCUGGCUCCUGCUUGCCCCAGCUGCCAGAGGCUACACAAGAAGAUUCUGGAGCUGGAGCACCAGGCCUUGGCCAAACAAGUCAGGGCAGAGGCCCUGAGCUUCACCCUUCGGCUGGCCCAAGACGAAGCCGUUCGGGCCAAGAACCUACUGCUGACGGACAAGAUGAAGCCGGAGGAGAAGGUGGCCACUUUGGACUAUAUGCAUUUGAAGAUGUGAUCUCUCCAAGACCAGCUCAACCACCUGCCACUUG